AUGACGACAAAGACAAAGCAGCGAACCCGCGUCCCAGUCCGCACCCUCCCUUCCCACAUCCCCACAGUCCCUGCCCUCGACGGCGAAGAGAACAUCAACGCCGCAAAGGAAGCAGCUUCCUUCCUCGACAGCUUCUCCUCCGCCAUCCGCGAGGGCGACUGGGACGCCUUCGGAAACCUCUUUGCCGAAAAGUGCUUCUGGAGAGACCACUUGACUCUCACCUUUGACAAGCGAACGAUCCAUACACGGGAUGAUGUCGUCGCAGCAUGGAAGACUCUCUCCAAGACACGUCGUCCAUUGGCCUUUUCAAGUGACAAGUACAAAGACAUGGAUAUGGACGCUGUAUGGGCGCGUCUGGGCCCCGUGUUCGCGACGCUAGACGUGCCCUUCAGUUUCCGCACCGAGGCGCCGGCGUCGAAAUGCAUCGGCCUCGCCAAACUAAUCCCCGAACCAGAUAACAAAGGCUGGCAGAUCUCCGUUCUGACAACAGCCGUAGUCGAACUCGACGAGAGACCCUUUGGCACUCUCCCGCGAGCAAGCUCAUCCCUCAUCGAAGCCUCUCAGCGCGGCAACCCCCAUGCACAAGGCCUCCCCCGCCUUGACGGCAACGCAGUCCUGGACGCCAUCAUCGUAGGCGGAAGCUGCACCGGCAUCGCCAACGCCAUCCAGCUCGACGCUGCGGGCGCCAACGUAGCCGUCUUCGACGCCGAGCCGCAGGCGGGCGGGAACUGGUCGACGAAGCGGUACGAGAACGUCACGCUCCACCACCCUGCCUUUAUGAUCCAGCUGCCGCGGUUCCCGGUACCCGAGGGGUAUCCCAAAUAUCUCAAGGGUACGGAUCUUACACGAUACUAUUCCUCGGCGGUACAGGAGCUGGGGCUGCCUUUCUUUGGCGGUGUUGCGGUUGUGAGCAACUCCUGGAGCGAGGCGGAGAAGAUCUGGACGGUUCAAGUAAGAGACGUGAAGACGGGGGAGGAGAUGACGCUCAAGGCGAAGAAUGUCGUCCUCGCCAACGGCUUCCUCGUCGGCAACGAUAACCCCCGCGUGCCGAAGCUGAAAGGCAGAGAGCUCUUCACCGGACCGGUGCAGCACACGACAGAGUACCGCAACCCGGCAGACUACAAGGGCAAACGCGUCCUCAUAGUGGGGGUAGGCAACUCGGCGCACGACGUCGCGGGCAACCUCGCUUCAGACCCGGACGUCACGAGCGUGACGAUCCUGCAGCGCAGCCCGACGGUGCUCCUCGACUUCGCGACGGUGUCGCCGAUCCUUAUGAUGCGGUACCAAGGCGACAUCCCCGUCGACACGGCGGAUUUUUUGCAGGAGUCACUGCCGGUCGGGAUGAUGCGGGACAUGGCACGCGGGGCGAUCGGGAUGGCAAUCGCGGGGGCAGAGGAUAGGAGUCUGGCGCUCGAGGGGUUGGGGUACGCUGUUUUGCGGGAUACGUGUUUGAUGACCAAGGUGUUUGAGGAAAGGGGCAGCUCGUUCUACGUUGACCAGCCGGGGACGUUUGAUCUUGUGUUUGGGGGCCGGAUUCAGAUUGCGAGGGGCGAUGCUGUGGGGUUCGUGGAGGAGGGCGUCGUGGUGAGGGAUAGGGAGACGGGGAACGAGAGGGUUGUUGAGGCGGAUGGGGUGGUGUUGGCGACUGGGUAUGAGGUUGUGGAUUUGCCUGCCAGGUGGAAGGGGAGCGGGUUCGUUGAUGAGGAGACGGCGGGAAAGUUGGUGAAUGUGAGUGCUUUUGGGGUAGAUGAGGAGGGGGAGGUUCCUGGGCUUACGACGUUUUCUGGACACUCGAAUCUCUACUUUGCUGGCAUGGCCAUUUCUCAAUGCCGAACCAGCUCCAGAUACACGGCCGUUCAGGUGUUGGCUGAUAUCAUGGGACAAUUCCCGGAGAGAUAUACUCGCAAUUACUUGAAAUGA